AAUUGUAAAGAAGCACCGUGCCCAAACUGUAGAAAUGUUAGUCAAUGAAGCAGAAAAUUUAAACAAAUAAAAAAUAUUGGUCUCUCCCAUACAUGGAGAAAAAUUAUUGGUUUUUCAACGAUAAGAAAGUGACAGUCAUGUUCCCUAGGCUCUCCUCGUCCACGCUCUAACAGAAUCUUGAUGCCCCCCUCGGCCUCCGGCUUCUCCUCUCCCACUUGUACUCACUCACCUUUACCCACUUAUAUAAAUGUUUAUCUACCCCACUUGCACGGAUCUUUUUCUUUUAAGUCUCCCAGGAAUCAACAAAGCAACGAAGGAAAAAACACUCACCCACAGCACAACUGCCAUUAAGCCCCAAACUUACCAAAACUGAACAAAAGUUGCAGGGUCGUUUGUGGUAAUGUUGGAUAUGUGAUUUGCAUGUUGAAGAACAACUAUGGUAUUUCAGCUUCUCUUUGAAAGAAAUAAAUUGGUCCUUUCUUGGAUCUUGAGGAUAAAAAGUCAAUCCCCGGAUUGAGGGUCUCCAAGACCAAAAGAUGAGUCUUGCAUGUCUGGUGUGCCAUAGUGUGGAAAGUCCAUCACACUCUUUUAGGAGUUACUCUGUUUCAAGUUCAGACAACGAGGGAAGAUGUUCGGCCAUUGCUAACUGCCUGGCCAGGAAGUCAUCUCUUCCGGCUGCGAGAACAACUGUAACAUCAACAUCCAAAGUGACCCCACAACCAAAUUUUCAGAACAGCGUUGGAAUAGCAGGUCCCCCACGGCUGGUGCGUAGUCGAGCUGUAACAAGGGAUCUUGUGAGAGACUGGAAUUUCGAUGAGGUUGUAAUGGAGCGCUAGUUUGUUUUAUUUGAGGUAGGAGAGUGUGGAGGUCUCUCCGCUUGGGAUAGUGUUAGAACCUUUAUUUUUGCCUCUCUAUUUUGUAUUAGUUUGCUAUGGAUGCAACUGAACUUUUCUGCUUGAAGAGUUUGAGCAUAUGUAUCAAAUCUGAGUACUAUUGAAUGUGAAAAACUUAUCACAUUGCCUUGCUGUUAUCUGUCUGUUGGUUUAUUUGUUUAGAUUUUGGUACAGCAUGGCUUCCUUAUCCUACUACAAUUUUGGGUCAGACAGGUUGGAAUCAAGAGAGUAUGCAUCAGCCCUCGUGAUAGAGCAGGGCAUACCCUGUUUUAUGUUCCUUGCGCCAGCUGGGAAGUACACUUCAUUACCCCCUUAAUAGGGAGAGGUAUAAGCGAGCCGA